UUCGAGGUCAGUGGCUUCAGAUUAUUUCGAGAUGAGUAGUUUCCCGUCACUCGAAAACCGAUCACUCAAAAGGAAAGAACACUGUCCUCCGGAUGUUUAUUGUCAGAGAAAUGAGCAGAAAGAAGAUUUGAUGUCUGAAGAUUUCGUCAAAGAUGGUUUCAAAUACACGAAACCAGUACGUGAUGAAUACGAAUCAUGCAAAGAAGAAAGUCGUUUUCUUAAUUCAGACUCUGUUUGGAACUUUUAUUACAACAUUAUGUUAAAAAAGUAUGAAUGUUCAAACUUUCAAGACUUUAAAAAGCGUCAAACCACUAAUAUUCGCGAUACUGUUAUUCCAGCGAUUGAUAUGUACAAAGAUCAGGUUUGUGAUUGGUUUAGAGAGCUCUCUAGCAACGUCCCACUUCAAAACCUUGGGCGUCGUGUACCUUUCUUCAAGGAUAAGGAGGAAAUUUUACAUGAAUUGCUUUCGAAUAAAGUUCCCAUUACUCGGGCAUUAUGGUUUAUUAAUAUUAGCGUCAUUCAGUCAACAGCAGUUGCUGAAACUGCAAAGAAAAAGCCAAGAGCACCUCAGGAUCCUACCGCUGACUGGUCGUCUACACUCUGUCGCUUGCUUUCGCGUGCUUUGGAGUCGAUUUGUACAUCAGUUAAGCAUAAUGAGCUCAUAUCACUAUUCAAUGAUUGGGAUUACCUGUAUUCUUUGCUUAUAGCUAUGUAUGAUUCAGAUAUGGCAGACCAUUGGGAAGUUAUACUUUGGUUAAUUAAAGUUGCUGAAGGUGUUUAUGAACAGAUUCGCCAACAAUCGUUACCAUCAACAGUUACUUCAUCACCUAAUUGUUCAGCAACUAAUAGCAAAUGUGUAUCUGAUUUCCCUCUAAAGUUCAUUUUGCACUACCUCAUUAAGUUUGGACGUCGGUUUACUGAAAGUGAAUUGUUAAUCCGAAGAUUACUUUAUUGGUGUUGUACUACGUUUGCAGAUGUCGUAUUUUCUUGUACUGGAUCUAAAUAUGCUUCUUCAAUGGGUACUUUACAAGGCAUUUUAAAUGAAUAUAAGGAUUUAUGUCGAUGUCCUCUUCAUCGAAAUAUUUCUGUAUCAUUGAGUAGCCUCAUUAUCUUUAUUGUCUUAAGUUGUCCUUCAGCUGCAGUAUGGAAUCCAUUACCUUUUGAUACUGAACACACUUAUUUUAAAGGAUCACCUCUUGAUCAUAUUCCACACUCAUUGGUUGCACUUCCUCUACCACGUGGAGAAGAAUCAGUAUCGAUACGAAAAUGUUUGGCUGAAGCUGAGGAGAAUAUAAUAAGACGUAGUCAGUUUGUUGAAUCUGGUUGGCUAAUUGAACCAUGUUCGGGAAAUAAUGGUGAAAAUGUAAGUACUUCUAAUUUUAUGUUGAUUGAAGCGAAUAUAUGA